UCUCCAUUACCACAACAGAAGUUCAUGCUGCAUACAAAUAAGAAAGAGCGAAACAUAUGGCUAAACAACCUUCAUCUAGUGAAAAGCUAGUAGCUAUAGGUUUGGGUCUUCUUGCGGUGCUUUCACCAUUAUAUAUUGAUCAAAAGGCAUCAGAGGAAGAGGAAGAAGAAGAUGUUUAUGAGUUUAGCUUUGCGCCAUGGUUACCUCUGUUGCUCGUGGUGUUAAUGGUGUCUAUCUAUUGUUCUCGCCAAGUAGACCAGAAUUUUACUAACUUUGAUCCUUACUGGAUUCACAGAGUUGGUGGUUCAUCGUGUGGGAUCAUCUUCCUUCUCGUAGUUAUUGCAUUGGUUCUCAAGUUCAAAGCUUCACUUAUGGGCUAGUUUUAGUUCUGCAAAUUGCUCAAAAAUUCGGUUAUGUGUACUUUGCUUUCGAAGUCUUGAUACAUAAUAAGAAGCCAUAGAAGAACAGUAUCGCCGUAAGGCUGGUACCGGCGUCAAGAUGCUAUUCUGCUUCACUGUCUAACAAAAUUAUGCUGUAAAUCGGUGUAAACAUAAAACAUUGUUGUGCCAAAGUUCAGUGUCAGCUGUUUUCAUAUGAAAGUAUGUACGUUUUCUUGAUUAAGCCAUGCUUUUGAAAUUUUACUGAGCUACCAAAAACAGUGUAAGAAGAGUGUAAAUAAGUAACUGCCAUCUCUUCAAUGUCAGAAUGACAAAAAUGACCCUGAAUGGAGUAUACAUCACACUGCAACUCUAGUAAUCCCCAAAAUCCUCCAUUUCUCUUUCUCUGAGCUUGUGACAAUUUGAGUUGGAUGUAUCGUUCAAGAUUCAAUCAGAAGCCAUCAAAUUGGAUUCACCAAAUGCUCAUGAAGGAUUGAUCUUUUCUGAGAGAGAUGUCUGUAAACACAUCAAUGGACAUGUGAUCCAGCUGCUUUUGCAUAUGCAAUUCUUGUUUAAAGGGCCAUAACCAUUAUUGAUCAAAUUGAUCCAGAUAUUAUUGGUCACGAAGUCAGUUCUCAUCAUGGAAAAGGGAAAUGGAUGUUGCUUCUCCAUAACGACAAUGCCUAAUCUUAUUACCAUCCUCAUCACAAUUUUCAUCAUCUUUAUCAUUCGUAUUUUGCUCGUCAUACAUCAAAGCAAGAAACCUCUUCAUUACUCACCUCCCAAAGCUGUCAGCACCCUAAUCGUUUUAGGUUCAGGUGGUCACACAGCUGAGAUGAUUAAUCUCAUCCGUGUGCUUCAAAGGGACAGGUUUACACCGCGAGUCUAUGUAGCAGCUUCAACUGAUAAUAUGAGUCUUCAGAAAGCUCAAGUACUGGAAGCCUCUGUGGUUGAUCAGGCAGGUCUUGACAAGCUAAAGGAAACAGCUCAGUUCAUGCAAAUUUACCGAAGCCGAGAAGUAGGUCAAUCAUAUUUAACAUCAAUCGGGACAACACUAAUUGCUCUGGGCCAUGCUCUAUUGCUGAUGAUAAAAAUUAGGCCUCAAGUGAUCCUCUGCAACGGCCCCGGGACUUGUUUUCCUCUCUGCGUAAUUGCAUUCCUAUUUAAGGUUCUUGGGAUUAGAUGGUCAUCCAUAUUUUAUGUUGAGAGUAUCGCUAGGGUCAAGAGGUUAUCUUUAAGCGGUCUUCUUCUUUACAAGCUGCAUAUUGCUGAUCUCAUUUUUGUGCAGUGGCCUCACCUACAAAAGAAAUAUCCCCGAACUCUCUAUGUUGGUUGUCUUAUGUAGUAGUGGAGUGAUGCCAUUACAGGAACUGCUGUGUGUCAGUUUUCACAUGAAAUAUGUUGGGUAUAUGUACCUUUUCCUGAUUAAGCCAUGGCUGUUGAGAUUUUAACAGGUACUGAUUAAGCCAUGGCUGUUGAGAUUUCAACAGGUAUGGAAGGAGAGUGUAAAUAACUUCAUCUCUCUGUUGACACAAUGGACAAAUUUUGUUUUAAAUAUUAUGGUUUUGUUUGGUUGUCUUGCUUCUA